UUGACUUCCGCCAUAAACAAGAAGAAUGACAGGAAGAAGACUAGCUAGCUAGUUAACUAUGAAGCAUUUAGUUAAUAUCGUCUCACAUUAUGAGUCUUAAUACGAUUUACACAAUGUCACAAACGUCCUUCUUAUUAAAUAUACCUUUAUGUUAGCGCCUCUGCGCCCGGUAGGCACAAUGUAGCUUGUUGGCUAGCAUUAGCCGUAUGCUAACCGAACCACGGAGGUCAACUUUCAUAGCUAGUCUAGUCAUACACGCUAGAAAAUGAUGUUUUAUCAACACCCGCGGUCCUUUCUACCACUUUGCUGUCAGCCGAAUGAUGAGCAGCUAUUUUCUUAGUCUAUUUGCCUUUCUUUCGUGGCGUUUCAUCUCAAGAGGCCGCUAUCUCGGGACCAUGCAACGUUGUUUGACGAGAAUUGUAAGCCGGGUUUGGCCGAGCGAGUCGUGGACAGCGUCGAGCAUGAGCACGGAAGCACCAGCGCUCACACAAGGACGCAGCAGGAUGAUGGUGGGUCUGGGUAACCCGGGCAUGGAGGCAACCAGACACAGCGUGGGCAUGGCGGUGCUGGGCGCCCUCGCCGCCCGCCUCGGCCUGGGCGAGCGUUGGCAUGGCGACAAGCAGGUGUGCGGUGAUGUCAUCGUGUCAGAGAUGCGACGCACGCGCCUGGUGUUGCUCCGCCCCAAAGUGCUGAUGAACGUCAACGGCGUGUCGGUGGCCAAAGCGGCCAGCAAAUACGGCGUCCGUCCUGAGGACAUCGUGCUGGUCCACGAUGAGCUGGACAAACCUUUGGGCAAGAUGUCCAUCAAGCAUGGCGGCAGCGCCAGAGGUCACAAUGGAGUUCGUUCCUGCGUCGCCUGUCUUCAUUCUGACGUGAUGCUCAGACUCCGGGUCGGGAUCGGACGUCCAGCAGGGACAACGUCGGUGGAUCGCCACGUCCUGGGCCGCUUCACCUGGGAGGAGCGGAAGGUUCUGGAUGCAGUUCUGGUCCAGGGUGUGGACCUGCUCCUGUCCCAGCUGAGCCAGGAGGAAGAAGGACAGUCCUCCUCCUCUACCUCCCCAGCAGGGUGCAGACGGGGGCACGCACGCAGACGUGACGCUUAGAACCCGACAGAACAGAACCUGAACCCGGUCAUGGUGGAAGAUCUUUGUGAUGUCUCACUCUGAAGAUGUUUUGUUUGAUUGAAACUUUGCUGGACAAAAGUGCUUGUGUGAUUGUUGCCAUCGCCACCAGGAGGCGGCGUCUAAGCCAACCAUGUGACAUCUUUCCCAGGCGUCUUCUGCACGUUCCCGAGUUCCUUCUGCAAAAGUCUUCAUCAGUUAGCCGUCACUAAUGAAGGCGAUCCCACCGAGUUCCGCUUGUUGGCAUUGUCACCCUGCCCUGGGGGCGGUGGGGGCGAUGGAAAGAGCCUGAAUGAGGAUGGAGAAGAGGAGAAGAAAACGCCCCCAAAGAAACAAAAGAGAGCAAACAUUGUUUGUUUGGUGCCUUCUGUCCUGCUUGGGACACGCCCCCAACCGCCCCUUGAGGCAUCAUGGUCUCCAUCAGGCCGCUUUCCCGGCAUCAACCUCGCCGGGCAGCUUCAAUGACUUCUCUCCUGCUGGGGUCAGAGGUCAGCAGCAGGGCUGCACAACUGGGCCUUAAGAGGAGGCUCCGCCCCCCCAUGGCCUGUGGUCAGGUGUGGCAAGGAGGACUUCCCACAGUUGUGCAGCGAUGCAAUGAAGAUCCAAUAGCGAGCCAUUCUCAGGUCACAUGAUGGAACCAAAUAAAAUCCAAUGAAUA